AUUUAAAUUAUAAUUAUGGAUUCCAAACAUCCUGAAGCAUCAAUAUCAAAGACCAAAGAAAAGACCUCCAGCCCACCUGCUUACUUAAUAGUGCACGCAACUGGAGAAAAACCCCUCGCUAAGUGUUCUCCUUUUUUGAUUAAAAAGUUAUUCGAAUCAACCAUCGGGCAUCUAAAAAACAUACAAAAAUUGAGGUCAGGGGACCUACUAGUAGAAACAGCCUCCCCUCAACAAACAACAAAGCUUUCGACAAUGAAGACUUUCGGAGACAUGGGAAUAUUAGUCACACCACACAGAAGUUUGAACUCAUCACGUGGUGUGAUAUCUGAGUACGAUUUGAUGUCUGAAGACGAAUCAGACAUUCAGACCGGCCUGUUGGACCAAGGUGUCACUUCUGUCCGACGCAUCUCGAUUCGUCGAGACGGCAAGUUGAUACCCACAAAACAUUUAAUUCUCACAUUCGACAACCCGACAUUGCCAUCCUUCGUUACAGCAGGAUACUUGCGCUGCCCAGUUCGCCCUUAUAUUCCAAAUCCGCUGCGAUGUUUCAAAUGCCAGCGAUUUGGACACUCCCAGACCUCCUGCCGAGGCAAAAGCUUAUGUGCACAGUGUGGAAUUGAAGGUCACGACAGUACUGAAUGUAAAAGUACUCCACACUGUGUGAACUGUAAAGAUGCCCAUCCUGCUUACUCCCGGAAAUGCCCUGCAUGGCAAAGAGAAAAGGAGAUUCAACGGGUGAAAACUGUGAAAAAUGUAUCUUAUCCAGAAGCCCGUCGCAUGGUCACUCCAAGUGCACCAUUGCAGCAAAAGACAUUUGCUGCAGUUUUGAAAUCUACUAAGACAUGUGGGGUUCAAACAGAUAUUUCUGUUUCCCCAAGUGAAUCUCUUACCCGCCAUGCAAAGUGUUUAUUGAUCCCAUCUGCACAAACAGAAGAAAAGGAGAACACAAAGGCCAAAAUUUCUGUAACUAAAACCGGGAUAACAACCAGAAAUAUGGGUUCUAAAAAAGCCAGUAAGAACCCACUUAACAAACAAAAAGUAAAAUCAGCCCUUUCUAGAGUCUCAAAAAAAUCAGAAGCUCAAUCUAUGAGCGAGUUUUCUGACAUAUCUGACGAAGAGCCUAAUAUGGAGGUGACAAAACCAACGUCACCUCCAAAAGAAAAACCCCCUGUUAAAUUAAAGAGGGAUAACCUCGCUAAGAAUGCUGCCUCAAACACAUAAUGGGUUAUAAAAUAACCCAAUGGAACUGUCG